CGAAACUUCGAGAAGGAGCAAGCAAAGCAACUUCUUCGUAACUACCCCCUCAUCCACGUGAUCUCUAUCAACUACAUCACUUGCAAGUUGCAAGAACACCAACGAUUUCCUCUCGAUAACACCAACUAGAAGUGCUAUACAUAGCGUUAAAGGGCUAUAAGUCAUUAUCAUGGGUUCCGUCGUUCUCCCGCAUCUGCGUACGGCCUGGCACGUCGACCAGGCUAUUCUCUCCGAGGAGGACAGACUUGUGGUCAUCCGAUUCGGUCGCGAUCACGAUGUUGACUGCAUGCGUCAAGACGAAGUCCUUUUCAAGAUCGCCGAACGAGUGAAGAACUUCGCUGUCAUCUACCUCUGCGACAUCGACGAGGUACCCGAGUUCAACACGAUGUACGAACUCUUUGACCCAAUGACCAUCAUGUUCUUCUACCGGAAUAAACACAUGAUGUGUGAUUUUGGCACGGGUAACAACAAUAAGUUGAACUGGGUGCUUGAAGACAAGCAGGAGAUGAUCGAUAUCAUUGAGACCAUCUACAAGGGUGCGAAGAAGGGACGUGGUCUGGUUGUUAGUCCGAAGGAUUACUCGACGAGGUACCGCUACUGAUUGUCGUGCUUGUUGUGGGGUUGGUUCUGUUUGGGUUUUGCUAUGACUUAUGAAUGUGUGGGCUUUCUUAGAGGCUCGUUAGGUUAGAAUUGAG